GCCGGGCCGAGCCGCGGCAGCGCCGAGCCGGGGACAAAAGGUGGCGGGGCCGGAGCGCCGGGGCCGCGGCCGAACCGCAGCGGCGCCGAACCGGAACCGCAGCGGCGCCGGGGCCGAACCGGAGCGCGGCCGGGCGGGAGCCGCAGCGGGGCCGCCCGGCGCCGGGGCUCCGCGGCGCGAGGUGAGGCGGCGGCGGGGCUCGGCCGGCGGCCGCGGGACCCCCCCGGUGCCGGUGCCGGUACCGGUGGCAACCGGGCAGCGUUGGCCCCGCGGGGCCCCCGGCAGCUCCCGGCGCCAUGAAGCUGAACGAGCGGAGCUUGGCGUUUUACGCCACCUGCGACUCGCCCGCCGACAGCGCCGGCUUCCUCUACAAGCGGGGCGAGCGGCACACGGCCUACCACCGCCGCUGGUUCGUGCUCAAGGGCAACAUGCUCUUCUACUUCGAGGAGCGGGAGAGCCGGGAGCCGGUGGGCGUCAUCGUGCUGGAGGGCUGCACCGUGGAGCUCUGCGACUCGCCCGAGGAGUUCGCCUUCGCCAUCCGCUUCGGCGGCGCCAAGUCCCGCACCUACGUGCUGGCGGCCGAGAGCCAGGCCGCCAUGGAGGCGUGGGUGAAGGCGCUGUCGCGGGCCAGCUUCGCCUACCUGCGCCUCGUGGUGCGCGAGCUGCGGGAGCAGCUGGCGGAGAUGCGGGGCGGCGGGCGGCGGGCCGAGCCGGGGAUGCCGCGGCGGUCGCCGGAGCGGCGGUCACCGGAGCGGCGGUCACCGGAGCGGCGGUCGGCUCUGCCCGGCGCCCCGCCGAAGGAGAACGGCUGCGCGGUGUGGGACAACGUGCAGGACGCGGCCCCGCCGCGCCGGGCUAGCGGCUGCGACGCCGAGGCCGGCCCCAGGCCUCCGCCGGUGCCGCGGCGGCGGCGGGCGUCCAGCGGCGAGGCGAUGGCGGCGGCGGUGAUGGAGAGCGCCGGGGGGGCGCCGGGGCCGUCGGCCUUCGCCCGGCUCCACGAGCGCUACGGCAGGGAGGUGGCGCGGCUGCGGCGGGAGUGGCUGGAGAGGCGGCAGGGCCAGCGGCCCUGAGGGUCGGCGAGCCCCGGGCACCGCGACCCCCUUCCCGCCCCUCCUCUUCCUCGCCCUGGAUCCGCCAUCCGGCCUCCCCGACGCUGCCGAGCGGGAGAGCAGCCCCGAUCCCGGAGCAUCACUUGCAAAGUGCCGCAGCCCCCGGGGCAUCGCAGCUCCCGUGUCCCGCCUGGGCGCAGGGCGAGCAGCAACGGAGGGUUUGCAUCCCUCUUGCAUCGCUCUUCCCCUCGCCCCGGCCCCGGGGGGGUGUUUUGGGGGGGUUAUGUGACGGCAGUGACUUUGGGGCGGGUGCUGCCCGUCCCCACGCUGGCGGGUCCCCGCCUGGGCGCCUCGCCGGGGGCCGGGGCCGCGUGGGCCGCGUGUGCCGCGCCGGCCGGAGCGCUCUGCCCCGGCAGGAUGUGGCUGCGGGAUGGAACUAUCUGCGAGCGCAGCCCUUCCGGAGCGGCAGCGCGGCCACCACCGCCCCGGGCAGCCGCGGACGCCCCGGGGAGCCGCGGACACCCCGGACCGGGCACCGCGGCCGGCUGCACGGAGCCCCGGGACGCUCUCGCAGGGGAAGUGUCACCAGCAGGAACCUGUGUGUCAGCGCCGGGGUGACGGAUGAUUCACGCGCGGCACCGACACGUCUCCCGAGUCAUGUUUGGCUGCUCCGGGGCGUCUAACGCCGCCGCUUCUCUUUUAUCUCACCAACCGGUUUUAUCGGCGUUAAAAAACCCAGAUAUGGGUUAACACCCUCCAGUCCGUGCUGUCAUAGACUGUGCAAACUGGCAACUGUGACAUUUAAGUUAUCUAUAUAUAUAUAAGUAGAUUAUUUUAUUGGCACGGCCUUGCAUUUUGUUUUGAACGCCAGCUCAUCCGUGCCAUGUUUUCCCCGGCUGGCUCCCGGCAUGGCAUGCACCCCGCUCGCCCGCAGCCGGGCUUCGAAUGGGCCAAGCUUUGCCAAAAAGUCCUUUAAUUGCUCCCCGGUCCUGGAGGAAAGAGGUGGAUUGCGGGCGGCCCCGUGGCUCGGGCGCACUCGGAGCAGGCGCAAGCCUUGGCUAAAAUAAAGGCUGUUGCAAAAAUUCCCGUGUGGCUCUGCUUCUCCUCUGGGCCUUUAAGCCCCAGGGCAGAUGUAAAUUAUUAUUAUUACUAUUAUUAUUAUUAUUAUUUAGUUUUAAUGCCCCUCCCAUGCCUGCGGGGCUGGGCAGCGACUUUGUUCAGUGCUCGCUGCCGGCCGGCCAGUGCCAUCGGAUGGGAGACGGAUUUCUGCAAACACGCCGCAGGGUUUUCCUCUUUUUCCCAAUCAUCCCAGCCCUCGCAGCCAAGUAUUUUCAUGAGCACAUCUUCAUUCGGCGCCACACAACCCGCCUCGGAGCCAGGGUUGCUGUUGGGCCGCGGAGGCGUCCGGGUGCCGAAACCAGCCGGGCUCAGCCGCUCGCCCGGCGCCGGCUCCGGGGGCUCCCGAACAAAGCACAGCCCGACAGCGCGCUCUUAUCCAACGUCUGUAUUUAGUGGCUCUUUACAGAACUUGUUCCUUCCAAAAUUCGUUAACAAAGUUCAUCGCUCUCGUAGAAACUUGGGAAGCGCAGCGCGCGAGCCCAACGCAACGCCAUCCGCGCGUCCCGCGGGAUUCCGGCACAACGGGAUCCCCGCGCGCGAGAGCCCGGCCGAAGCGCUUAACCGGGUCCCGUCCCGCUAAAGCUAAAAGGAGCCGGCCGAGGAGAGCAGCAGUCCCCGCGGGCCCCGGAGCAGCAAGAAGAGUCGCCGUGCGCAAGCUGGUGCCGGCCCGGAGAGCACCGCGGCCCCCGCAGCACCGCGGCCGGUGGAGCCCCCCCGCCUCCGUAGAGCCCAGCGGGCUUGCUUUUAAAAUUGGUCGUUAACUACCAGCAAAAUAUAAAAAUACCUUCUAUUCUGAUAAAAACGUAUACAGUGGAAAACUCUUCAAUGCACAGCCUGGGAGCCCGGCCGCGGUGGUCUGCUGCUGCGUGCGGGGGCUCGCGGAGGCUGCGCGCGGCGGGGGGGGGACGGACCCCGCCGGCUUUCGGCGCUUGCAAAAAAUGCGUCAAGAAAAUGAAGAAAUGGAAACCGGAGGGAACAGCGCGACGCAACUCACGGCCCCGUUCACCAACGGCAUGCGGGAGCCGCGGGAGGGGCCGAGGGACCGAGAAAAGUGCUUCAGCCUCCAAAGCCGGAUCCGGCGGAGGAGACGUGGCCGCGGGAAGCACCUCCCGCCCAGCCGCGCAGCCGGCGGUUGCGUUUUUUGAGGGCUUGUCCCCAAGCACCGGUGCUCGAGGGGGCAAAGCUCAGCAGCUCCUUCUCUUUCGCUCUUCCUUUCAAACCGGGCAAAAGCUACGGAGGGACGGGCUCCGGCCGGGGCAUCGCGCCGGGAAGGCUCUCCCAGCAAACCGGCGCGGCCCGGGACGUCUCGCAGCAGGGACCUCUCCCGUCGCGCUCUCCCAGCGCCGGUGACGCAGGUCACGUCGUUCGCUUGGGUUGGGUUGGCGUUUUUUCUCCUUUUUUAACCGGACCGAGAGCCGCCCCGUCGCGAGCCGUGGUCUGCUGCCGCGGCGCUGGUAGAGGGAGUGCGAGGGAGCGCGUAUGCACCAUGCUACAUCGUGUUCAAGAAGGCUAUUGCAGACAUUUCUACGACAUAUACAACGGCACGUGACAUUCUGUGUUACAAAGGUUUCAAAACAUACCACCAGGACUAAAUACACACUCGCUGGCAUCCCGGGUUGCGAUUUAGAGUCUUCACGGACUACGGCACAGUCUCGGAUGGGGCAGAAGUAACGCAGUGUCUUACAGACGGACGUGGAAAACCGCGAUGCCAAAAGUUUACUCCGUUUGGUCAGUCUCAUAGUGCUUCUCGAUGGCUUUGCUCAGUCUUUCCUGUGGUUUUUUUUUUUU